GUCUGGCCUAAUUUUGUUUUUGGGACGUCUAGCGUUUUUUUUUAUAUUAUUGCACUCCUCAUUGGUUAUUUUUGCAUUGUAAUUUUUUUAUUAUCACUAUCGUGCCUCGUUGAUUCCCUGAUCGAUGGCGGAUAACGACUCGACUGCGCAGAUGGCCAUAACCCUCCAGCUUCCCACCUUCUGGGCCCACAGACCAUCUGCAUGGUUCUCCCAUGUGGAAGCUCAAUUUGCCUUGAGACACAUUCAAUCACAAGAAACUAAGUCCAACUUAGUCAUCGUCAGCUUACCGGAAAAUGUGAUUGAAGACGUCUCAGAUGUGCUAGAUGACCCAGCACCGAAUCUUUACGAUCGCCUCAAAACCGCCCUCAUCAAACGUGUUGCACUUACUGACCAGCAGAAAGUGCAAGAACUUUUCAGGGAUGUGCAUCUGGGUGAUCGCAAGCCGACGCAACUGCUUCGUCAGAUGAAGCAGCUGAUUGCUGACUUCAACAUUGAUGAAGCAUUUCUCAAGCAACUGUGGUUACAGAGGUUACCACAGUCGGUUCAAGGGAUCCUCGCACCCUUCCAUAAGUGCCCCUUAAUAGAGUUGGCGGAAGCGGCUGACAGAGCUGUGGAUGCUACGAAACCCAACACUAGUAUCUCAGCUGCACUGUCUACUGCCACGGAUUCGUUCAAAAACCCUCCCUCGGCUGUUGAGCCAACAAGUUUCGAUGUUAUAACUCACAUCUCAAAAUUGUAUGAGGAGUUGUGCAGCAUCAGGAACGAAAUGCGGUCUGGUAGUGCUUACAGCGGUCGCACGUCUCGCUCGCGCAACAGGUCUGCCUCCCGUACCGGUAGCAGACGUUCCAAAUCGCGACAAUCCCAACCCAGGUUGUGCUGGUACCAUAAACGUUAUGGUGCCAAUGCCAAAAAGUGCACUCGACCUUGCACCUUCGAGGCUAACCAGGCGGGAAACGUGUGAGCCAGCACGUGACGGCGACUAACGUCGCUGGCGAGCCACUUCCAUGUCGCCUCUUCUUCGUCACUGAUCGACAUUCUGGGAUACGCUUCCUAGUUGACACUGGGGCAGAAGCUAGCGUCAUCCCACCUACGAAGGAAGAGCGUCUGCGGCCAAUGUCUCUGCAACUUCGUGC